AGCGAGAGCAGUUACAGUAGAGAGGAGUAGAAGGCGACAUAGCGGGUGGAAUCGGUAAUCGCUGAGUGGAGGCUGCAUUCUCCAUUUUCCUCGUAUCAAUUCUCAACAAACUACCCUUUUCUGGAAAUCCAUGGCAUCAAAGAUUCCCCAGUUGCAGUCAAAGGUGAACGAAGUCUCGCAAGUAGUGGCAAAAAAUGGAGCUUCCUACUACAAGUUAUUGAUGGAGCAGAACAAACACUACAUCCAAGAUCCACCCACCGUUGAAAAAUGCCAAUCAUUGGCCAAACAGUUGUUUUAUACUCGUCUUGCCAGCAUUCCUCUUCGUUACAAUUCAUUCUGGAAGGAAUUGGAUCAUGCAAAGAACAUGGUGAAGAACUGGAAGGACCUAAACAGGGAGAAUGUUGGCUUUGCUGCUUUGUUCGGACUAGAAUGUUUUGCAUGGUUUUGGGGAGGUGAGAUCGUUGGCCGAGGAUUUACAUUCACUGGCUACCGUGUUUAAAUAGAACUACACUGUUAGAGUACCAUACAACCAUCAGCUUCAUUCUUGAAAUAGCAUAAGGCUUCGGUCCAGUUUUACAAGUUAUGUUUUUCAUUCUGAUAAUUUGAUGUAUGAAAUUAACAAAGUCCGGUCAACAUGGCAAGCAUAAUAAUUUGUGAAAUCCUUGGUGGAGAUUUAUGUUUCUUCAAAGCUAUUUAAAUUAUGAACA